UCCAGUUCCGGUUGUAAACAAGUGCACGUUUUUCAGAUGAAACCAUGUCAAUAAUGUUCCCGUGAAUGCCAUGGGAGGUUUCUGCUGCGUAGAUUGAUUUUCCUGUUCAAGGUCUGUUCUGUGAUCGUUCUAUUUCACGGAUAGGUUUCUUCAAAUCAGUAUUGUUGCACAUCAUCCUUUGUAUAGACUGUGAACCAGAUAAAAUAACUAAACAAGAACCAUGGAGCCCUCAGAUACACAGAAGAAGGCACGGACAUUUGACUUCAUGGCCAUGUUUGAACAAGCCCGCCAGACUGCUAUAGAGAGAACACAGGUUAAUGAGGUUGUGACUGAAGAAACUGUAAAAGAAACUACAGAAAAACAAAAAACAUCCAAGGAUGAUUCCAGUGACUCCAGUGACUCUGACAGUGACUCUGAUAGCUCCUCCUCCUCCUCCUCUGACAGUGAGGGGAGUACAGACAAACUCAGACAGAAGUUGAAGGGAGGUAACUCUGAUGAUGAUGUUAUUGGGCCACCACUUCCACCUGGAUUCGCUCAAGGUGGAGGCGAGGAUUCAGAGAUGGCUGGACCUUCAGUGUCAAUGUCAAAGAGAGGAGAAUCAGAGGAUGAGGAUGAUGAUGAUGAUGAGGAAGAUGAAGAAGAAGAGUCACUUGACAAGAAAAUUCCAUCAAGUCAUGAAGUUGUCCUCGAUCAUGGGGGCAAAACUGUGUCGGCGCUGGCAUUAGACCCAUCAGGGGCCCGUCUAGUUACCGGAGGGUUUGACUUUGAUGUCCGAUUCUGGGAUUUUGCUGGAAUGGAUGGCUCAUUACAGAGUUUCCGAAAUUUACGCCCAUGUGAAUGCCAUCAGAUCAAGUCCCUCUCGUACAGCACAACAGGAGAUAAGAUUCUUGUAGUUGCUGGCAAUGCUCAGGCCAAGGUGAUCGACCGUGACGGCUUCGAGGUGCUGGAGUGUGUGAAGGGAGACCAGUACAUCGUAGACAUGGCCAGCACAAAGGGACACACAGCCAUGCUGAAUAGUGGAUGCUGGAAUCCCAAGAUCAAGGAGGAGUUUCUCACAUGUUCAAAUGAUGGUACGUUGAGGCUGUGGGAUUGUAACCAGUCCAAGAGACACAAGGGUAUCAUCAAACCAAAGUGUAAUUCCGGUCGUCGGACAAUCCCUACCACCUGCACCUACAGUAACGACGGUAUCUACAUUGCAGCCGCAUGUCAAGAUGGCUCUAUUCAGCUGUGGGACCACAGGAAACACACAUUUGUGAAUGUCGCUCUCUACAACAGAUCAGCCCACAUGAAUGGAAGCGAUACUUCAUGUCUGUGUUUUUCCUACGAUGGGACUGUGUUGGCUUCAAGGGGAGGUGACGACACGCUGAAGCUGUGGGACAUCAGAAAAUUCAGGGAUCCACUUGCAGUCGUCAAGGAUCUCGAGAGCGUCUUCCCAAUGACCGACUGUCUGUUCAGUCCUGAUGACCAGAUGGUGGUGACUGGGAUAUCAGUGAGGAAAGGUCAAGGUUCUGGGAAACUCAUCUUCUUUGAGCGGAACACACUGAACCGUGUGACUGAGAUGGAGAUAGGCGAUUCAAGUGUGGUACGAGCUCUGUGGCACCCGAAGCUGAAUCAGAUGGUGGUUGGAUCAGGAGAUGGCUUGGUUCGUGUCUACUACGACCCCAAGAAGAGUCACAGGGGUGCCAUGUUGUGUGUUGUCAAGCAGAAGCGGAAAGCCAGACAGGUGCAGGUGAUGGCAUCACAGACCAUCAUCACACCGUAUGCACUGCCCAUGUUCCGUCAAGGUAAACCCACCAGCACACGCAAACAGGAGGAGAAAGUCAGGAAGGACCCCAUGAAGAGCAAGAGGCCAGAUUUGCCUGUCAGUGGACCAGGUACCGGUGGUCGAGUUGGAGCAAAAGGAGCUACUCUAUCUCAGUAUGUGGUUCAAACUCUCAUCAAGCGCAAGCCGGACAAGUAUGAGAAUGAUCCUCGUGGCGCCAUCUUGAGGCAUGCAAAGGAGGCGGAGGAGCAUCCCUACUGGGUGGAUCCGGCAUAUAAGAAGACCCAGCCUAACAAGGUGUUCCAGGAACCUGAGACGGAGAAGAAAGAUGACGAUACCCCACAUUGGAAGAAGCAGAAGAUAAGCUAGAGAGCAGCCCCAACCUCAGCUGGAGGCCCUGUGUAUCUCACACUGUUGUCAGGACGACUAGUGUGAGCAUCCAUCUGCACAUUUUCCCGAGGCAAGAGAGUUAACUGUCUUUAAAAGUCCAAUUUCCACCCUUGCCGAACUAGGCUGGAAUUAAUGGGCUUGAUCGUUGCGCAACCAGUGGCUAUUACCAGUUAUGUCCCUUCUAAGCCUCUCCUAUAGACCAAUCAGAUUCCACCUCUUGUAUCACUUGCAUUUGCUUCAAACAAAACAGUGGCUCCCAGUCAAGACGAUCUGAUCGAUAAUCAAUGUCUUUAUUGUGCUAAAACAAGUCUUGCAUCGCGAAAUGCAUCAAAUCAUGUGAGCACCUUGAUUAAAAACAUGAAAAGAUUUGGAAAAUAUCUGUUGACAACAAUUUGGCAGUGCACAUGCUUUGCAAAUCCUGCAAAUGACCGAAAUCUUAACAACAGUUAACAAACCGGAUUUCGAUUUCGUUACGCGAUUUUGAUUGGACUAUGCAUAGACUUGUUAGCCCAGCCAAAAUGAAACUCCAUAAUACCAGCCUAGAUCAGCAAGGGUGGGAACUUGACUUUUAUAGUCAGUUAACUCACUUGCCUCGGGAAGAUGCCAUCUGAAUUGUGGAUGAGACAUUGUUGUCCUCAUUCUGCACGGAGUGGAAAUGAGCAGCUAGAAAGCACCAAACCACUUCCUGGUCAAGACAUCUCUCAGACUGAAGUGACCUGCAUCAUCUACAUCUGGAGGAGUGUAUUUUAACCUGUGAAUAAACAGCGAGUUCCUCAUGAGCCAAAUGAUGAAUCAGUCAAUGAAGAAUUUAGAAGAAAACGGUGGCAAUUUAGAUGAGAAAACACACGACAGUCUACAGAUGGAGGGUGAAUCAAACCCUGACAAAAUUACCUUCCCUUGCAAAGUUUAAGCAGGAGUCAUUCCCUUGGUCUGUUUAGCUGUCCUUCGUCAGGCAGUUAAUAUCCGACCUCGGGCUUCUCCAAAUAAUGCCUCCAAUAAUAUGUUACCCUUAAAGGAACUACAUGCCUCCAUUGCUGUUGUUUUGUGUUCACUU